AACAGCUACUGGCGUAUCCGUGGGAAACCAGACAAAGUUUGUCAGCGCGGGGAGCCUAUUCGAUGCGGACAGGCCAUCCGAAUUACACACAUGAAGACCGGACGCAACCUACACUCACAUCACUUUAGCUCCCCACUGUCUAACCACCAAGAAGUGAGUGCGUUUGGCGAAAACGGAGAAGGAGAUUAUUUAGACGUAUGGAGCGUGCAGUGCAGUGCAACGUACUGGGAACGUGAUGACGUGGUGCGAUUCAAACAUGACGCCACUGAGGUUUUCCUCAGUGUAACCGGAGAGCAGUACGGUCAACCAAUCAGAGGCCAGCGUGAGGUCCAUGGAAUGCCUUCAUCCAAUCAGCAUAACUACUGGAAGGUGAUGGAGGGGGUUUUUAUUCAGCCCAGCAGUGAUCCAGUGCGCCACGACGAGCUCUGAUGAUGCUGAGAACUCCACUCACACAUGCUGUGAAACCCUCUCUCUAUAUAUAUAUAAACCUUCAGCUUCAAUAAAGUUUUACAUUUAUUGGUCAAACAAUUUUUGAGACAAAAGUCACCCA